CCUCUUCUGCUAUGUACUGACCUCGUGUUAUUAUGGUGGCUCGCGCGAUGAGGUUAGCGCAAUUGGCGCGUCUCGCCAAUAUUAACGUUGACGUUCUCGACAAUUGAUGACUCGCGUAGCGCGGCCAUCGUAAGGAUGUUCAACUUCCUGAAGACGCGGGCCGCCUCGAUGCAGAAUGCGCGUAUUAUGUCAACACGCUCAGCCGUCCAAACCUACCGGGCGCAACCUUGCUCGUUCUGCAAUUUCCAUCAUCUGACCCCGCCUCGCGCAAUGAGAUGUAUGGUGAUACGCUGUUAUGCAACAACUGAUACAGUAGAACUACAAGCCACCUUGCAAAAGAAGAAAGUUAAACGUCGCUCGAAGAAAUACGCAGAAUUAUUGGAAGUCACUGAUCAGACGACUAGCAACAGAAAAGCAGCGAUCCGCAAAUUGAGCUCUGCUCAGGUGUCUCUCUUGGUUGGUCAGCCUAAUAUUACGCUAGACAAGUUGCACAAGAUUUCUAAUUUUCAUCUUAAGAAGGAGACGAUUACGACACAAACAAAGGAUACCAAUGAAAAGACUCGGCUUGAGAAGGAUUUGACUUAUAUGGACGGCAAGGUAGACAAUACAGAUUGCGCCAUACUUAAGGAAUCUGAGCAAUUAGACGAGCAAUUAGACGCAUCUGCAGUCGUAGAGAAUUUGAAAGAAUCUGGAACAAAUGAUCACACUAUGUUAAUUAAGGAUUCUUCUUUCUUGAAUAUGCUGCAGCAAGAUGACAAAAAUGAGGCCAAAGAUACAAAUCAGGAUAGCAUGCUUAUGCAGACACCAAAAUACAACGUGACUUCAAAUUCAUAUGCUACAAUUCCCUUUACGAAUGAGGCAGAUCAAUCCGAGAAGCGUCUUUCCGAUCACAAUCUGAUUUCUCAAUUAUUAGCGCAUAUGGACAUUUAUGUACAAAUCAACAUGCCGCAUAAGGCCUUCAAGUUACUGAUGUUGAACAAAAGCCAUCUCAAGCAUAGCAAAGUCUUUACUGCCGCUCUGUAUAAUGUGCUUCUGAAUACCCAUGUCUCUAAUGCGCAUGUGGAAAAGGCAUUCGAAAUUUACAGAAUAAUGAAGGUGGAUUCUGUCAAGCCAAACUACCAAACGUACGCUUUCAUGUUCGAGAUAAUCGGAAGAAUAAGAAACCAAGAGAAACGAGCAGAGAGUGCAGCAGAAGUGAUGGCAGACAUGAGCCGCGAUGGUGUCUCUUUUGAUGAAGUAAUGAACGUGCAAAUGAACGCGACGCAACGUAAUACUGUUCUUCAGUGUAUUAGAUUAUUAGAUUCGCAAUACCGUAUACAGCACGAAGACAUAGACACCGCGUACAGCUGCAAUCUACUGAAGAAUCUGACGAUGAACAAUGAUUAUCAGAGUCCGGCGAAGGGAGUAGUGACCAUGAACGAACUGCGGGAAAUGAUGCGUAUGCAGAUUGACUUAGAGAAUCAGUGUAAGGUGCCGGUAAAGAGUGUCGCAUUGUUCACUGGAAAUCCUAAUGUUAGACAACAAGCUAUCAAACGGAUCACGGAAUGGGAGGAAACUUGGAAGUCGACUGUAACCGAGGCUUUCGAGAGAAACUUGACUUAUCUGAAGCAGAAGGAAACAAAGAUGAAGACCGAUCUAAAGAUUUUGUAUCCAUUUCUACAAGUGUUACCCAAGGAGGAGUAUGUCAAUGCGAUUUUGAGCGAAAUCGACCAUUUGACCAAAUUCUCCGAGGGAUACAGUUGUACUAUGACAUAUCUUUACCUAACGCUAGGAAUGCAUAUUUACAAGAGAUACGAGUUUCACCGAAAGAUGAAGGGUGGUAUCGUAGAGAAUUCCAUUCAAACCUAUAAGAAAUAUUUGGAGUGGUACAUGCAGGAGGAUCCCAUUGAAAGGAGCAGCAACGGGCGUAUGAAGUGGCAACAACUCGUCCAGGAGGCCAAAAAGUCUGGUAUUUGUUGCGAAAUGACAGUGCCAGAGUGGUCUCAUAACACUAUGAUAAACGUUGGCAAGUUUUUAUACAAUAUCAUCGUGAACGAUGUGAAGAUACCACACGUGUCUAAGCCUGGCGCGCCCGAACGACAGAUACCCGCGUUCUACCUGCUCUUCAGGCUCCAUUCCAACAAGUUCUUGAUGGAGGAAAUUAAGCCUCACCCUUACUUACACAGGUUCUACAAAGACUCGCAUCCGGAGAUUCUGUCCUUCGACACAAUUUCCUUGCCGACAUGCUCUCCGCCGCGUCCUUGGGUCGACGUAAACACCGGUGGUUAUCUGCUCUCCAAGGUGCCGUUUGUUCGCGAUCCCUACAUGAAACCGUCGCGCCUUUUGAGAAGCACGUCGACGAAGCAGCUUUAUCCAGCGUUUGACUGCUUGAAUCAACUCGGUUCGAUCCCAUGGAGGAUCAAUGUGCCCGUAUUGGAUAUCUUGAUUCAGAUUUUUAGAGAGGGCGGCUCGAAGGAGUUGAAUGUACCUCAACCCUCCACAGUAGUCCCACCUUCGUCGGAGGUGAUCGCGAACGAAACGGAGAAGAAUGCUAGAGAGAUCGCAAAGCUGCUGCUUCAACUCAAGCGCACGAGAAAUGAAAUGCACGCGCUAUGGUGUGACUGCCUCUACAAAUUGUCUAUCGCUGAUCACUUUAGGGACAAGGUAUUCUGGAUGCCGCAUAAUCUGGACUUCAGGGGUAGGGCAUAUCCGGUGCCGCCUCAUCUGACCCAUCUCAGUUCGGACCUAGGUCGCUCGAUCCUCAUGUUCGCCCAGGGUAAGCCCUUGGGCCCUAAGGGUCUGGACUGGUUGAAGAUUCACGCGAUAAACAUGACUGGUUUGAAGAAGAGGGAGCCGAUGCACAAACGGCUAGAGUUCGCGAAUGAGAUACUGGACCUGAUCGUGGACAGUGCGAGGAAACCCCUGACGGGAGAAAUGUGGUGGACCAAGGCCGACGAACCGUGGCAGACUCUGGCGGCGUGCAAAGAGAUAGAUAAUGCUCUACAAUCCCCGAACGUGGAGGAGUAUGUCUGCCGGCUUCCCGUUCAUCAAGACGGUAGUUGCAACGGUUUGCAGCAUUAUGCCGCGCUCGGGAGAGAUGAGAUAGGAGCGAAGAGCGUGAACUUGUAUCCUUCGGACAGGCCGCAGGACGUGUACAGUGUCGUCGCUGGUAUGGUUGAUGAGUACAGGAAGAUCGACGCGGACGCCGGCAACGAAAUAGCGAAGGCUCUGGAAGGACACGUCAGUAGGAAGGUCAUGAAACAGACUGUGAUGACCACGGUGUACGGCGUGACGAAGUUCGGCGCUAGACUACAGAUCGCCAGACAGCUCAGCGAUUUGAAAGAUUUUGAUCAGAAGUACGUUUGGAGCGGCAGCAUGUACCUGGUUGAAAAGACGUUUAUGUCUCUCCAGAGCAUGUUUGAGAGCGCGAAGGAAAUACAGAAUUGGUUUACGGAUUGCGCUCGCGUUGUCACGAUCAGGUGCAACCAAUACAUGCAGUGGGUGACGCCAUUAGGUCUUCCGGUCAUACAGCCCUAUUCCAAGCACAAUAAGGCAAUCAAUCCGAGAGUCAAGGUUUUUAGGAAGUUGGACACUGUGAAGCAAAAGAAUGCCUUUGCGCCGAAUUUCAUUCACUCGUUGGACUCCUGCCACAUGAUGUUAACGAGCUUAUACUCCGAACAGACGGGGAUCACGUUUAUGUCAGUGCACGAUUGUUUCUGGACACAUCCGUGCACGGUGGAUAUUAUGAACAGAAUUUGCCGGGAGCAAUUUAUCGCGCUCCACAGCGAACCCAUUCUCGAAGAUUUGUCCGAGUUCUUCUGUAAGAAAUACGUAAAGCACUUCACGAGCGAUGGGCGGCCUCUGAAGCUGAGGAACAAUGAUGUCUCGUUAGAGGUCUUCAAGAAAGUGCCGCAGAAGGGUAACUUCGAUAUCAACACAAUCCUAUCGUCUCAAUAUUUCUUUAGUUGAAACGUAGCUGUAUUUAUUGCAAGAAAAUGUACCAUACGUAAAUGUGUAAACUACUGUAAAGUUUUAACAUAUGAAUUGGCUCUGAUGUGCAUUGCAUAAACAGCCAGACAUAAUGUUAAGAUAUGUAAAAUAACUCCUAGGACAAUAUGUAAAUAGUUCGCUAGGACAAUACAUUUUUAAAACUUCAAAAA